GUCGCUAUUCGACCACCGUGCAGUCAUGAUGCCUCUAAUGUUGAUCAUGAUGAAACAAGUAGCAGAUCAGAAGAAAGGACAGCAAAAUAAAGUGAAGAAACAUACAAAAAAGACACCGACAUCGUGUCAUCCUAAAAUAAAUUAUGAGGAAGAAAAGGAAGACAUAAAACCAUUAAUGGCAGAUGAUGCCGUUAGUCGGAUUAGUUGUUAUGAUGGCCCGUUUCAAACUACAUCUUUCAGUAGCCAGGAUGUCUUAGAGAAUACAGAAGAUGCCGAGGUAAAUGAAAUUCAAGAAAAAUAUUUUGAACAAUUAAAUGAAUCGUGGACGAUUGCGAGAACUCCAUGUCUUUCUGGUACCAUCUGCUGCACAUUUGUGUCACAUAAAAAAGACGGAAAUUAUUCUUUGUUACAUUCGAAUAAAGAAGGAUGCAAGGUGAUCCUGUUAGUAUCCAAAAGUAAAACGACAACUACACAUAUUAUAUCGACAGAUCCUGUAGAUAUGAAUUCUUCUAGUUAUGCUAUAUUGAAAUCAAAUAUUUUUUCUACUAAUUUUUAUUUAUAUGGUUCCGAAAGUAGCUCAAAGAGAGAAGAACUAGCCGCGUUUAUAUGCCAAACAAAUGUGCUGGGUUUGAGAAAACAAAGAAAAAUUUCUGUUGUUGUCCCUUGUCUUCCGUCAGAAUGCCAAGAUUCUUCACAUCUCAUCAAUUAUUUCGAUAGAAAAAAACGUUAUGGAAAUUUCAAAACCUUCAUUCUUCGUAAGACCUUUACGGAAUCACACAAGCAAAAUCAUUUCAAUUUAAAUAGUAAAAAUGUAUUUUCAGAAGAGAAAAACUUUGUUUUAAUGGACGAAAAAUCGAGUAUAAGAAUAAUGAAUUUCGGAAGAAUAGACGAAAAUUCUUUCAACUUAGAAUAUUCUUAUCCAUUGUGUGCCGUGCAAGCAUUUGGAAUUGCUCUAGCUAAUGUAUUGUCCAACUGAUAAUAACAUGCAGCUGGAUUGUAAAUCUCUUCUCUUCUUACAAUCCUGAAAUGGACUCUCGUCUAACGACAUCGAGAAUCGCGAUUUUAGAUGUAUACUCACCAUUUUUGUUUUCCUUUUUUAAUUUGUAACUUUUAUUCUAAAAAGAAAAGGAUAAACUUUCGAAAUUUUAUUUGUAAACAAUAGUUUGAACAAAUUUUUUAACUUAUUAUACUUGUAAA